AUGCCGACCAAGACUGCCAGGAAGCGAACCGUAUCGUGGAGCGACAACACGCAACCCGCGCGUGAGCUUGCAAAGACAGCCACUGCGCAGACCUCUCGAUUGGCAUGCAUCCCAUCUCCAGCCCGCUUCAUCCUUGUCGUUCUAAGCAGCCUCACUCUGAGCUCCUUCUUAUUCACAUUCACCUCGGCCUUCACGGUGGGCGAUCUCGGGCCUAUCAGCAAACAUCUGGAAGAAUGGUGGGAGGUGGGGGGUUUGAUAGCUUGGAAGGCCGUUGAGGUCGGACUAGCCUGGGUUCUAGGAUUUGAUGGCCGUGAUGUGGCAUCAUUCUUAUUCUUGACCCACCUGCCAACAUACUCGCUCUUGUCAUUCUUCUAUGGCAUCCGCCCGACUUCUGCACUGCUAGCAUUUGGGGUCACGGUUGUUUCGACAGCGUUUCCAUUCGCCCUCCUGCGCCGGCCCUCGUCCGUCCACAACCUUUCGCAUGCGCCUGCCGAUGCAGUUGCCAAUCGAAAUAUCCUACAGGACAAGACUACCACUUUCUUCACGACGCUCCUGGCAGCCUCGAUCUUUAGCGUUGUAUUGUAUGCCAGCUAUGCGACUUGGCUUCCUACCCAACUGGUCAUUCAUUUCGAGGGACUCCCGGAUAUCAGUGCGGCGCAUGCUGGUCCCGCUGGCUUGCCUGUGCUUUUCCUGACGCUGAUUCCUGCUGGAUGGGCCGCGCGUGACUUUUUGUUCGUCAGUUCUACUGGCUAUUCCACCACCCCUGCUAGGUCUGGUUGUUGCGAAGGUAGUGAAUGUGUGUCUGCAGCCAUUUGUCGCAACACUUGGGGUCAAUUGUCCCAUAAGACGAGAGUCUUGGUUUCUCGGUCCACUGUUCUUGCACUUGGAGUCCUGCUCAACACGAUUGUCCAAGUGGCCGGCACAAUCAACGAUGUCUCUGUCGAAGGUGCCGCCAUUUGGGGAGCGGUCUGGGCAUUUGCGACACUGGUUGCAGGUGCAGCCUUCGGCUGGGUUGAAGCGGUUGAUGGUGUAUGA